CUUAUCUUUAUCUUCUUAAGCUAAUCAAUGCCAUGACAUGAAUUGACCAUUAACACCCUCCUCCCUCCUCCGUUCCCCUACUUCCCCCAAACCCCUCACCACUCUUUAUUAAGCCACUUAAAUACUGACAUGUCACCUCCGCACUCUCACCAACCAAUCAGAAACUGCCACCUCAACCUCCCACACAAGCUCCCGACCUUACCCGAUCUUUUUCUCACGGCAAUCUCCGUUUGCGUCCUCUUCUCCUCCGCCUCCGCAAGACCACCUUUGCCCCCAAUUUUAUCCUUCCCGUUUUGCCCUCGUCGUUUUCUCAAAAUCUCAACCAUGUCCCUCCACAACCGCACCGCCACCACCUCCACCAACACCACCGCCCACUUCGCCAACCCCCAGUCCUUAUCGGAAUGGCUCAAGCCGCGGUUGCCCUCCGACUCUUUCGCCUCCUGGGGCGUCAAGCCCGGUACCAAGAACGUUCACAAUCUCUGGCUCGAGCUGUCCGAGGGCGAAACCUCUCUCGCCGAUUCCUCUCCUCCGGUUCGCACCGUUCACGUCGUCACCAUCCGAAUUCUCGACGAGGAUCGCAGGGUUUUGAUCGAGUCUCAUCAGGAGUUGUCGGACGGUAGCGUUAGGAGCCGGGAACGACCUUUAUCUGAGAAGAUGAAGCCAUUUGAGGAUCUUGAGUCGGCUGUGGUUCGGGCCGUUGAAGAAGAGCUGGGUUCUGUUGUUAAUGGGUCUGCUGUGAGAAUCGUUCCUGGGUCUUACCGGAAGACGGUGGAGGAGCGGAACUCGUUGUCGUACCCGGGUUUGCCUGCUCGGUAUGAAUUGCAUUCGGUGGAGGCUUUUGUGGAUGGCCUUCCCGACGGAGAAUUUUGCACGGUGGAGGACGGUGAAUACAAGGAUUGCGAAAAUUCUAGGGUUGCAGAUGAAGCUGUGUCUGUAAAGAAGCAUUUUUGGAGAUGGGUUAGUGAUGAUUCGGCCAAAGCUUGAUUCUGUACAAAUGGGUAUUCUUUGAGAUUAUAAUUUUUUGAGUUUACUUGAUGCAUAACAUGUUCUGUGAUUAGGUUUAUAUAUAGGCUUUUCAUCUCUAAAUUGCUAUUCAUAGCUCUUUUUGGUUCUGUAUACAUAGGAAUGAUUAUGAUCAUAAGAGAAGUAUUCUAUUCAAUUUUGAGUUUUGAGUUCAUGUAAAAAGUUUAUAGCUUUUAUUUCAAUGAAGAAGUAUAUGAAUUCUUCA